AUGGACGAGAUUGACGCCCUGGCGCAGGUCCAGGAGUAUCUGCGCCGCGGCAGCGAAGUGUUUGGCCAGGCCGAAGCUGAGCUCAAGCGUGAGCAAUACGAGCACGCGCACACCAUGUUCAGCAAGGCGCUCGUGGACUUUGAGCGCGGCUGCGAUAUGCUCGCGGCCUUGGAAUCAGCUUCCUUGGACAAGGCCCAGAUUCAGUUGCGUGAUACUCUUCAAGCUCAGCUAGACACGCAUCGAAAACAGAGCAAAAACUAUCUUCAAGAACUAGAGGACCAGCACAGCAUGAACACCAACCUGACAGAGCGCGGCCCCUGGUUCAUUAGCAACACAUCCAGCCCCUGGAAUCCCGUACCGAGAGUCAUGACGGUGACGAAGAGGGCCAGCUCGUCCUCCGACUCCCGAACACGCAAACCUACCUCGUGUCACCUGAGGGCGCCGACGUGGUUCAGCUCCACGCUUCGUGCGAUCUCCUGGUCCUUUCUCUGCACGGCCAAUCUUUCCUCCAGUGCGGUGAAUGGCUUUAUCCGCUCAUGGAUGAACUCCCUACUCUGCGUGUACAACCUCGCUUUUACGUCUUCUCCGGCGGCAAGUGAGUUCUGCUCUGCCAUGUUCGUGGGCUAUCGCGGGCACACCUUUCACAAACAACGUGCCAUCGAGGGCGAAAGUGUGGAGAACUCGGCCGUCGGUGUCGUCCUCUCUGCCGACCUCAGCCCGCCCCUCAUCAAGCAAUUUGAAACCAUUUUGGAGAACCAAACCACCUUUUGCAAGAAAACGCCCGAUGCUGAUGAUGACGAAAUCUUGGAACUCUCCACGUCCGCCGUGGAGCGCGAGGAAGCCCUUGCCGAAGCCGAGGCCCCUGCCGAUGGCUGGGAGAACACGGUAUCGCGCUGGCUCAUCUCGGGGGCCCACACCGUUGCGGAUGUCAUCCGCACGGCUGCUCACAUCGGCGGCGCCAUGAUCCGCAGCGGUGGCGAGUCGAUCCGUGCACGCCUCACUCACAGCGAUGGCAACCUGCACAUUGAUCCCCGCGUCCAAGCGUCAGUGGCCACCCUCAAGGGUGCCACGGCUACCACCUACCGCGUGACAGCCUACACCGUGGACAAGGUUUUUUGGCUAGCCGAACGCAGCGCCAAGGCUGUCAGUCCCUAUGUGCUCCGGUUUGUCGGAACGGGAUCGGGCAAAGGCAACGGGUUGACUGGCAAGGUCGUUCACGUGGCCAAGAGUGGCGGCGUGGGUGCACUCACCAUCCUGGCAGGCCUCGAAGAUGCUGCCCUUGUCUUGACGAAGGAAUUGGCUGAUGAAAGCACCUCGACAGUGCGACACCGCUACGGCGAUGAGGCUGCAGAGUUGGCCCGCGAUUCGCUCGAGACUGUGAGCAACUCGGCCAAAGCUUAUACCACCUUUCGACGCCUGGGCCGCAAGGCUCUCACGCGCCAUGCCGUCAAGAAGACGGCAGCCGAAGUUCUUCGUGAGCACGAAGGCACGAUGAAACAAAGCGCCUCCAACCCAGGACCGACCCAAGAGCAGAGGCAUAUGGCCUCCCUGCUGCCUCCACCUCCUCCCCGCUCACCCUAUCAGGCAUGA